AUGCCUCCCACUUCAACCUCCAUAAGGGCGCCCUCCCAGCCCACCCAGCCUUCGCGCAAAGGCAAAAAAGCAUGGCGCAAGAACGUCGACAUUUCCACCGUUACCUCUGGGCUCGAAACCCUCCGCGAGGAAAUAAUCCAGCAUGGCCGGCCCCUGGCAGAGAAGGAGGAGAGCGAAUUGUUUACACUGGAUACAACGGGCUCGAAAGAGGAGGCAUUGCGACGGGCAAAAGAGGCCAAGACGCACAAGGGGAAAAUUUUGAAGAUGGAUGAAAUCCUGGGAAGGAGGAGCGCUGUUCCCGCAUUGGAAAAUUCAAAGACUAGCAAGAGGCCGCUCAACGCUGUCGUGACCGACGGGGUGCUUGAGCCCUUGAAAAAAAGGCAGAAGAAAGACUGGGUGAGCAAGAAGGAAGUUGCCCAGCUGCGAAACAAUCUUGAUAAGACGUCCCAUUUGGAGAUUGACAACAUCGACAACGCCACCUCGACUUUCGAUCUUUGGGGCGACAGCAACCUGUCCGACGCCGUUCAAGCAGGAGAACUCGCACCCGAGCCUACUGCUACAUCCAACUCCAACGCAACCAAACAAAAUGAAUACAUCCCCAAACCCCGGGCCAAAGUCGCUCCCUCUUCCAUCCGCCGUCCACCUGUCGCUCUGACAUCAAGCGGUCUGCCCACCCAGGCCGUGCCAAAACCCGACGCAGGACAGAGCUACAACCCGUCAUUCGAGGACUGGGAUUCCCUCCUCACCCACGAAGGCGAGAAAGAAGUGCAAGCCGAGCAGCGCCGUCUGCGAGAGGCACAGGUCGCCGCGCAAAAACAGGCGCGGAUCGACGAGCUCGCAAAGCAGCCAGAUCCGCGGCCGGAAGACAACCAGGAAAGCGAAUGGGAAGGCUUUGAGACAGAGGACGAGCAUGAUCACCAGGAACUUUUGAAGAGGAAGAGGCCCGAGCGGAAAACGCCUGCCCAACGGAACAAAAUCAAGCGCCGCAAAGAAGCAGAGCGGCUGGCCAAGCACCAGGCGAGAAUGGCAGAGCGGCACAGAAGGGGAGAGGACAUGGUGAGGGCCUUGAUCGAGAAGCACGAGCGCGGUGAGGAACUCGGCAAUGCCGACCCAUCGACAGCUGCAGCCAGCGACCCGGAGACGGUGGUGCUACGGCGGAAACCCACGCUGGGGCCCUCGAGCGCCUCGAUCCCGCCCGCGCCGCUCGAGCUCGUCCUCCCAGACGAGCUGCAAGACUCGCUGCGCCGGCUGAGACCCGAGGGGAACCUGCUGUCGGAGCGGUUCCGGAACAUACUGGUCAACGGCAAGCUGGAGGCGCGGAAGCCCGUGUCGUAUGCCGCGAGCAAGAAGAGGAGAGUCAAGGUCACGGAGAAGUGGUGGGCAAAGGACUUUGCCCUGCGCGUCUAA